UCUCCUCCAUGCGGGUCCUGUUGAGUUCAUCUACUACUGGUUUCACCGAGCCCUUCACCAUCACUACCUCUAUUCUCGCUACCACUCACACCACCAUUCCUCCAUAGUCACCGAGCCCAUAACUUCGGUGGUACAUCCUUUUGCUGAACACAUUGGCUAUACAGUAAUCUUAGGGAUACCUCUAAUAACGUCUUUGCUAUGUGGAACGGUCUCUGUAGCCUCGCUCUUCCUCUAUUUAACUUACAUAGAUUUCAUGAACAACCUGGGUCACUGCAACUUCGAGCUCAUUCCAAAACCUUUCUUCUCUCUUUUCCCUCCUCUUAAGUUUAUCUGCUAUACCCCUUCAUUUCACUCGCUCCAUCACACACAGUUCAGGACAAACUACUCUCUAUUCAUGCCAAUGUACGACUACAUUUAUGGGACCAACGACAAGUGCAGUGACUCAUUGUACGAAACAUCAUUAGAGAAAGAAGAAGAGAAGCCAGACGCAAUUCAUCUAACUCACCUAACAUCACUAGACUCUAUUUACCAACUCCGGCUUGGCUUUGCCUCCCUCUCCUCGCACCCACUAUCUUCUCGGUGUUACCUAUUACUCAUGAGACCCUUCACUUUAAUCAUGUCAUUUAUACUAACUUCCUUAUCUUCUCGAACCUUUGUCUUUGAGAGAAACCGCUUCCGUGAUCUCACCAUUCACUCCCACCUCCUUCCCAAGUUCUCCUCUCAUUACAUGUCUCGGAAGCAUAAAGAAUCUAUCAACAAAAUGAUAGAGGCGUCUAUCCUUGAAGCGGACAAGAAGGGUGUGAAAGUAAUGAGUUUGGGGCUAUUGAACCAGGGAGAAGAAUUAAAUGGGUACGGAGAAAUGUACGUGAGGAAGCAUCCAAAGCUAAAGAUAAGGAUAGUAGAUGGAAGUAGUCUUGCAGCUGAGGUGGUGGUUCAUAGUAUUCCUGUUGGCACGAGAGAAGUUCUCUUUCGAGGCCAAGUCACAAAAGUUGCUCGUGCCAUUGUCAUUUCUCUUUGCCAAAAUGGCAUCAAGGUGAUGGUGUUACGUGAAGAAGAGUAUUGCAUGCUAGCCGGAUCCCUUAGCGGGCAUUGUAAGGAAAAUCUGGUGCCGACAAUCAAUUACUCUCCAAUGAUUUGGCUGGUGGGAGAUGGCCUACGUAAAGAAGAGCAGAAGAUGGCAACAAAAGGAACUCGUUUUCUUCCUUUCUCUCAGUUUCCUCCAACACAACUUCGAAAAGACUGCUUUUACCAUACCACUCCAGCUAUGAUCAUCCCUGACUCUGCCCAUAACAUCGACUCUUGUGAGAAUUGGCUGGGGAGGAGAGUGAUGAGCGCGUGGAGAGUUGGUGGGAUAGUGCAUGCACUUGAAGGGUGGGAGGAACACGAGUGUGGUCUUGAUGAACCAGUUGUUAAACCUCCCAGAGUUUGGGAAGCUGCUCUUCGAAAUGGUUUCAAACCUCUGGUUUUGCCGUCUCUAAAGACCAAAGGAUUGAGCAAUGGAUACUAG